GAGAAGACGUGACGAGACGUUGGCCCACGUCUCAUGUGAACCCAGGAACUAGUAGUGCACAGUGGACUCGUCCGCUUCCCGUCAAGCAAAAAGAAAAAGAAAAGAACCACACCGCGCAAAUUUCCUGUCCCUGGCCAUGGUGCGGCAUAGCUGAGGAGUGAAGAGAGAUUGUGGUGGAGGCCGCGUCGGGCGCGGGGGGAAGGGGAAGAAGGCGAGGGCAAAGCGCGUCUCAAGGCGCUGGCGACGCCGCGGCUGGGGCAUCUGCUGCUGUAUAGAGCUCCAUCGAUCUCCACUCACGCAGCAGAGUCGCCGCUGCCUGCCUUCUUUGGGUUUCAUGUCGUUUCGAUUUAUGGCAUUUACGGAGACAUGAUAUGCUAGCUCAGGGAGUUCAGAUCCAUAUACAGGAGGCCCUAAGCAGGAAGCCUACUGGAUCUACUGCUAUCCAGCCCCGGUUGUGAGACCCUCACCUAGCUCGUCGCCGGCGGCUAGCCUAGCCCUGCCGGAGAGGAGAGGGGAGGAGCCGGUGUGGAAGGACUUGGAUGGCGAUGGUUCCUGGUUGAGGUUUCAGAAGGUCCAAGCUAGCUGAUAUAACAUGACUGCAGAAAAGCGUAUACCAUUACAUAUCUUACGUGAGAUUACAAAUGGAUUCUCAGAGCACUCAAGGAUUGGAAGGGGCGGGUAUGGAGACGUUUACAAGGGAGUUUACAGUGGGAGAGAGAUUGCUGUGAAGUUGCUUCAUGUUGAUACGGUGCUAGGACAUGAUGACAGACAAUAUAUCAAUGAAGUUGGUAACCUUUUGAGGGUUAAGCAUCCAAAUAUUGUACAGUUACUUGGUUAUUGUUAUGAAAUACAGAAUGAACUAAUUGAACACAAUGGUGCAAAUCAUUUUACCCGACACGUAUAUAGAGUCCUCUUCUUCGAGUACUUGCAGGGUGGAAGCCUAGACAAGCAUCUUUGUGAAGAAUCUUUUGCACCUGAUUGGAGCACGCGUUACAAGAUUAUAAAGGGGAUUUGUGAAGGAUUAAAUUUCCUUCACAGCUGUGAACCACCAAUCUUUCAUCUUGACCUGAAGCCUGCCAAUAUAUUACUAGACAGUUCCAUGGCGCCUAAACUGGCGGAUUUUGGUUUGUCAAGGCUCUUCGGUGGAUCACACACUCAUGUCACAAACAGAGUUGUAGGAACCGAGGCGUAUAUGCCACCAGAAUUCAUAAAAGACGCCUAUAUCGCCCAUAAGAAUGAUGUCUUCAGUUUAGGUCUUGUGAUGAUAGAGAUAAUUAAAGGGUCUUCAGGUUACUCCGGUUAUAUAGAAACAGACGAAGUCGGGCAAUUUACGCAAAAGGUGCUUGGCAAUUGGAAGAAUAGGAUAAAGGCUACUUCGGAGUACCCAUUAGAGGAAUCACAUCAAGUGCAGAUAUGCAUCGACACAGCAAUGCAUUGUGUUGAACCUGACAGAAACAAUCGACCUAAUAUAGCAGAAGUUCUGGAUAUUCUGAGAAAGACAGAAACUCAUAUGCCCAAGAGACAGAUGGCAGAUGUGUUCCCGUGUCCAACAAUUGGUCUCAAGAGCGAGUCUAAUAUGUUGGAGAUGAUGGUAGCUGAACUAAACAAUAAUGAACACAGACGUUGCAAUUUGAUGCCAACAGAUAACUCUAACCGUACUGUGCAGCAACUUGCUGACAGGGAAACAUCAUCAGAUGUGGAACAAGUAAUCAUCGGAAGGACCAAGGAAAAACAGAAAAUAUUGUCUAUUUUAUCCGAGAGCAUCACAGAAGAAAUGGUCAUCCUUCCAAUAUAUGGCAUUGGAGGCAUUGGCAAGACAAUCUUGGCACAAUUGGUAUUCAAUGACCCAAAGUUCCAAGACUACACUCGGGUGUGGGUAUAUGUUUCCCAGGAAUUCAACUUGAACAAGAUUGGCAACUCCAUAAUAACACAGUUAACAGACAAGAUCAGCAAUAUACCUACCAAACAGAUGCUUCAUAAAUGCCUCAAAGAGCUAUUUGAUGGUAAGAGCAUCCUUAUUGUUUUAGAUGACCCGUGGGAGGAGAACCCAAAAGAGUUAGAUAAAAUGAAGGUUAUGCUAGGGCUUGGCCUAGGAAGAAAGGUGAUUAUAGUAACUACACGUGAUGGAGGUCUAGCAAGGAAAUUUUGUAGUCCUGCAGUUGCACCAUACAAGUUGGAGACUUUGACCGUUAAUUAGUGUUGGACUAUAAUA